AAUAAUUGUAUUCUUAAAAAAAACUUUAUAAAUCCAAAAACGUUAAAUCUUUGCUGCAAUUGGGGUUUUAUAUUUUAACUUUUUGUAUAGAAACGAAAUAUUGUUCUCUUCAACGAAAAUCUGUAAUUUUAUCGCCAACUUAAUAUUUGGCUAACAUCAAUAAUAGCACUCAAUGGACUUAAACUCAUUUGAGCUUAAACUGACUCAUUUUAUUUGGUUGUCAGGGUUUCCAGCUUCAUUUUGCUAAGUGGGUCAACGAAUUUUCACUUGUUUGCCUAGGAGAUGUACCAUUAUAUUAGAAAAAAAAUAUAUAAAUAGUGAACCCCCUCUUGUCAGAGUGCUUUUCACAUAAGAGGCUUACUAGACAAACAAAAUCCCCAUCAAAUAAAUUUAACUCAAUUGCCCAAACAUUCCCCAAUGGCUGAGCGUUGAUUGUAGGUUGUUGAUGAUGUCGUUAUUAUUGUUGUUGAGGUUUACGUGUAAACUUUUAUCUGUGCUUAGAUUUUUGACAUACAAAUUUAUUGUUUAUGCCCAUGAUAACAACAAAGAACAUGCAAUUUUGUAAUUAUUAAUUUUACGGUCUGUUUGACUUUACCCACAAUAUGUACGUGUGAAUUUGAGGAGUUUGUUUGGCGAAAGGCUGGUGUAAGAGUACCCUGCACAAGUGCAGCGUCUAACUGUUGAUCAUUUCCGCUCAGUUUCGGCCAAAAAAACUGUCCAACUGUGUCGCAGGUCGCUGAACUUUUUUAGCGGCCCAAGUUGCGUGUUUGCUUAGGCCCAAAAAUCCCACCGUCGCUUUAUUCCGGUUAUUGACUUUCAACUCAUUCCGCUUCUUCGUCUUCAUCUCUUUUAUCUGUUCGGCCCACACACACACACACUUGUCCAUCAGCGUUCUGAACCUAAUUUCCUUUUCGGUUUUGGGUGUGUUCGCCACCUGUAAAUAUGGGAAAAGAGGGAACAGAAAUUAACAUAAUCAAAUUUACUUUUUCACUCUGCGAACACGUUUCGUGUCCGAAAUAAGAAAAAGUGAAGACCAUUUUUUUUAAUUUUGGUGUCAGUCGGCGCAAUGCCCCAACGAAUGGCAUUGAAGUAUUGACAAACUGAGGGUUAUUUACACCUGCCAAUCGGCUUGACAAGGUGAGCUCAAUGGAGGUCUAUAUACAGAUUAUGCCACGAGUGCCAAUUUAAAAGGGUUCGUGAUGUUGUUUAUAGUUUUGGGGUUUUGAUUGAGAAGGUAUUUAUUUAAUUUUAAAAAUUUUAGGAGAGGUCCUUACAGCUAAAUCAAUCUUAUUUACCUACACUUUAAAUCGACAAUGAAACUCAACCUCAGUCAAUGAAAUCAAUCGUGACAUAUUUAUUAUUUGUAUUUGUUUUACUCAAAAGCCUUGAUCAUAAAAAUAUACAUCAUUGUAAUCCAUUUAUUAGCUAGCUUUUAUUUAUUUGCCAAUUUUUUAUUUCAAAUUUAAAUUACUGAUUUUUCCCACUAUGCCCCUGAGAUCUAAGCCUUCCAUUUCAUUUUUGAUUUUUCUUAAAGUUUGAACCUUUUAUCCAAAUUUAAAGAUGAGCCCGCUUAACAUAAAUUGUGGCCUUGUGGCACAAUUUCCGUGGAAAUCGAAGAUGGGAUCGAUUUGCGAGCGACGGUCUCCUAGAAUCAGAUGUAUAUCCCAGGAGCAUUAUCUUUGGGUACAGAGAAACAAAUUUGAAAUACUGAAAUUGGCCAAAAUGGUUGGAUGCCACCCUGAGGAUAUAGAUGGAUUCCUUUUCGAACUUAGCCUGGAGAACUUCAGCCGUCAAUUAAACCCCAAGGGAUGUGGCUGGGAUGCCUGCAAUGUGCCCCUUUGUUAUCCCCAUAUAUGUGGUCGGUACAUGAGCAUAUUCGAUCAUCGAGGCAACUUGAGGUGUCCCAACCAUUCCGAGGGUCUUUAUAAGUUACUUUCGUUACUGCUGGAUUUUUUGAAUGGCGAUUCGCCCGAAGGCCAAAGAGAUUCACCAACUUACAAGGUGCGACCUGACGGCCAUCCAGCGAACCGCCAUUCGAAAUCUGUGAAGGUUUUGAGACCAGAUUCAGAGUCCAGCGAUGACGAAAGUCUACCACCCAUAAAAUGGAGCUUAACCAAUACAAGGGUUCCAAGGACGAGAGAAUCCAUUCAUCAUGAAUCCCAGCCGGUGCAAGAACAGAAGCCAGACUUAGAAUCUCAGGAGGAUUUAGGAAAGAAAAAACAAAACAAAAAAUUUGGACGACAGACAGUUUUUCUUAACGAUGAACUUGCCUUGGCCUUUGCCAAGCCAAACGAUAUUGUGGAGUAUCUAAUGAAAAUAUUAGGCCGACAUCGGAGUAGGGAUAGCUAUAUAGGUCCUGUGGGCGAUCUGAGAACAAAACGUAUUCGCAUUCUAAUCAGGAACCUGGUUAAAAGGAAGGGAACCCACAUUACUAAUCAUGAUUUGAGGCAGGCCUUAUAUAAAGUAGAUCUUGAGUGGAAAUCGACUGCAAAAGCUGAUUAUAUGCGUGAGAUGAAAACCGCCAAAGAAAUUUCAAAUCUUUACAACGUCAUUGUGCAGAGACCUUCUCAAGAACCCAUACCGCCCGUUCUUGGAGAAGUUUGGGAUAGCUACCCAAAGAUUCCAAGCGGCUCAAGACUCCCCAGAAAGUAUUUGGCCGAUCAAGUCCCGGUGCUAUUCCAUGAGCCCUACGAUCCAGAAAAGAAUUGGACCUGGCAACGUCGACAUCCAAAACAAAGCCGUCUUAAUUCCCAAAACAAAAUCUCUCAAUCAAGGAUCAAGCGAUAUAUACGAACUUCUGUAAAGAGUCAAAUUAGGAGAGUUGAAGAUCAGUAUUCCAUACACUCGACAAUCAGUGAUAAUAGUAAAUCAGCUAACCGAGAGUCACUGGAACCCCAGUUCGGAGGUGUUAAAAAAUAAUUAAUUUGAAAAUGCCAAAAUUAUAUUUUGUGAAGUAUACUCAAUAAAUCCGUCAUGUUAAAUUA